AUGAGCACUCACGACUAUGACGCCGUCCGGAAGGACAUCGCCGCCAUCCUGCAGAAGCCCGGUUAUGACGAUGGCAGUGCAGGACCCGUAUUCGUGCGACUAGCAUGGCAUUCGUCUGGCACAUAUGAUGCCGAAACUGAUACCGGUGGUUCCAACGGGGCCGGUAUGCGGUACGAAGCAGAGGGUGGCGAUCCCGCCAACGCUGGUCUGCAGCACGGACGGGCAUUCCUAGAGCCGAUUAAAGAGAAGCAUCCCUGGAUCACGUACUCGGAUCUGUGGACGCUGGCCGGCGUAGUGGCGAUUAAGGAGAUGGGCGGACCCGAUAUCCCCUGGCAAGGCGGACGUACAGAUCUGAUAGGCGACAGCAAGGUGCCACCUCGGGGACGACUGCCAGACGGAGCCCAGGGCGCCGACCACCUGCGGUUCAUCUUCUACCGCAUGGGUUUCAACGACCAGGAGAUCGUAGCGCUGACGGGUGGACACAACCUGGGCCGGUGCCACGGCGACCGCAGUGGAUUCGAGGGUCCGUGGGUGACGAACCCGACGCGGUUCUCGAACUCUUUCUUCAAAUUGCUGCUUCAGCUUGACUGGAAGCCUCGCAAGAUGGUGUCGGGGAUGACGCAGUUUGUCUAUGAGGAUCCCGAUGCCGAGGAGGACGAGGAGCCAUUAAUGAUGCUGCCGACUGAUAUGGCGCUCUCGACGGACCCGGCAUUUGCCCCGUGGGUUAAGCGAUAUGCCGAGGAUAAGGAAUUGUUCUUUGAUCACUUCUCCAAGGUGUUUGCCAAGUUGAUUGAACUUGGCAUCCGGCGUGAUGCUCAGGGUGCGGUGACCAACACUGACGGCAGUCUCGGUGGAUAUGUUUCGGCACCGAAGAAGAGCAACACUGCUACAGGCCCGCCCAGAGCACGUCUGUAG